UCUCUCAGCCACCGUAUACGAUUCAAUUACCUCGGAAUUCCAAGAAUUGGUGUCGUCCGCCAAGUUUGAAUUCAAUUGAGGCGAAAAAGGAAGAGGAAAUAGUGAAUCCGUUGAUGUCGGAAUCAAGGAUGCGAUGUGCGACCCCUUCAAACCUCCAGCGAUGUCAGGUGAGAUCUUCCAGCCUCUCGAGACUUUCGAGGAGCAGGUGGAGGCCGGGCGUGGCCCCCUGACAUGUCGUCUCUGCACCCAGCAGUACGAUGACCCACGGAUUCUCAACUGCCAUCACGUCUUCUGUGGAAACUGCCUGCGUGGGAGGGCUGUGGAUGGCUUCAUGACGUGCCCUUUAUGUGGUACUCGUAGCUUCCUCACCAGUGGUUCUAAUCUACCACCAGCUGAUCCUGUCAUCAACUUCCUUCUAAAGUCGUCUGAACAAGAGAGGGCACUGUGUGCUAACUGUGACACUGUUCAAGGUUCUAUGUUCUUCUGCAAUACCUGUAACCAGGCUCUGUGUUCAAUGUGUAAAGAGGAAACCCAUAUGGCCAAAAUGUUUGCCUCCCACAAGCUUGUUCCUCUCAAGAAACGGACAAAGGAGCAACACAGGAAAUGUGCCAAACACAAUGAUGAUUACAUAAUGUAUUCUACAGAAAAACAAGAGCUGCUCUGCAUCAAGUGCUUCAGAGAUAUUGAAAAGGAUGACAGAGCGUUCUGCCUGGAUCUCGAGUCCGCCUACAAUCAGAGCUGUCGACAGCUGGAGGAACGCAUCACAACAAUCAGAGACUUGCAGAGCUCCGUCCAUGAUGCCAUCAUCCUCUUCCAGGCUCUGAUGCAGGAGGUGAGGAGCAAUGCAGAGAAGGAGCGGGUCUCCAUCCAGGAGCUCUGUGCUGAGAUGCAGGAGAGGAUGAUGGAGAAGAAGGAGGAGCUACUGAAGAAUGUUGACAGUCAACAGCUUCAGAAAGAGCAAGCAUUUAAGGACCAGCUGCCGAGUCUUGCCGCCAUGCUUCCUGCUCUCCAGACAUACCUUGCCAUCAGUACCAUGUUCGUCAGCAAUGCCAACAUGUACGAGUUCCUGGAUCUUGGUUCAUCCUUGAAUGGGAGACUAGAAUCCAUAGCCAGCCAGCCUCAUCAGCUUCGGCCGCAGGAGAGCGGGGAUAUCAGCACCGACUACGAGGUUAAGUUUGCUCGAUGUCUUCAACCUUUGCUUCGUAUCCACCUGGAUGAUUGCUCUGAUUGCGGGAGCAGCUCACCGAUCAUCCAUGUUUCCAUGCCGACAACGAGCACCCCACCGCCCCAGCAUCCUCCAGCAAGAACCAGAGAGCAGCAGCAAGCGGCACAGUCCCUCUCCAACGCCUACAUAUCUAGCGCCCUCGCUCGUCACUUGUCUCUAACAAACACACUCCAAGACCCCCUGACCAUGAAGGGGACAAGAAGGGGUAGUAAGAUGGCUGCCAGCAUCCGUCAUCGCAUGCAGGAGGGCAACGGACCCUUCGUAGAACACUGCAAGGCCUUUGAAGCAAAUUUCAGGUUGCUUCAGCAUCGUAUCCAGAAAAUGAAAGAACAGGUUCAGGAGAUCCACAGAGAUAUCACACGUAGGAAAUGCUUGGCAAAGAAAGAAAAGGUGAUGGAUGUCCUUGAUGAGUGCAGUCAAGUUGAAAUCCAGAUCGGUACCCAUACUGCUACGCUAGAACAUAUGAAAGUCAUCUUUCAAAAGAUAUGGCAGGAGAUGUUGGAUAGGGUCUCUAGCGAGCAGGAAAUCUACCAGACUCAUCUCAAAGACAUGAACUACCUCAAACAGGAAAACAGCCACCUAGCAACCAUCGCUAGGCAAAUAGCACCUUAUAUUAAAUCUAUUGAUACCAUUACCAAGCAGAUAGAUCCAAGGAGAGCAACAGACAGUGAUGAGAACCAAGACAGCACCAGAUGACAUCGGCUGUUUGUCGCCCUCUCUUGUCACCACCUUGCAUGAACUUUCAAGCCUUGUCUUCCCAUUCCAUAACUCUUGCAAUGCCUCUGUGUGAUUUUCAACUAAUCUUGUGUUUGGGGCUGUUGCCAGUAGCGACCAACUUCUCCUCACGUAGAAGCAUGAUCAAGAUCAGCCAGUCCACAGGAGAGUGAUGAUGAAGUGGCAGAGGUCAGUUCUGUGCACGUCUCAAAGCUUGUACUUACCAGUAAUGCCAACAACUGUGCCACAGACACAAGAGAUCUGGAUACAUCCCCAAGCCAGUCCCUCAAGUCACCUGUUAUCGAUGAUGAUAACCCACAUGAUACCUCCAGCAUUGUGUCACAUGAUGCCUCUGGUGCCGUGUCACAUGAUUCAUGUGGGUCACAUGAUGUACAGUCACCUGAAGAUGGGACGGAGGCAAAAAAGCAGUUUUAUCGGACCCUGAGCGAGCAAGAAGAGUACGAAAGGCAACGAGCCAAAAAGAUAGUCAUGGAUGCCAUCAUGUCUGAGCAGUGCAAGGAAGCCCUGAAAGAGAGCAGUGCGAGCAAAGUCCAGGAACCUGACCUUCUCAGUGGCAGUUAUCAAAGGCCACUACCUAGCGAGAGUGUGGAGGACACUCAGAAGUGCACUGAUGCUGAUCAAAAGGUUAAAGUUAUUGAUGGGCUUGAUGCUGAACAUCCUUGUGGAAGCAGACAAAAGCCACUGUCUGGCAAGAGGCUGGAAGAGUCAAAGAAACGUGUAGAAGAUAGGCAUGUGAAAGUAACUAAUGGUGUGGACACAGAACACUCUUGUGGAAAUGGACAAAGGCCAAAAGCAGAGAAGGGUGUAGAUGAGACAAAAAAAUAUGACAAGGCUGAUAGGUUGUUGACAGUUGUGGAUAUGAAUGGAGGUGGCAGCGAUUUGGGUCACGACUGCGGGAUUGUGAAAAGGAGAGUGAAACGCGAGAGACUUGGUGAUGAAGGGAUCGUCCACACGACCUCUACUGAAGCAGAUUGCGAAGAGGGCAGCAUUUCCGUCAGCUCUAGAGUGAAGCGGUUCAGCUUGAGCGAUGAUCAAGUGGAGAUGGCACAAAAGCAGCAAGCCACUGCCUGUCCGAGCUCUCCAUGUUCUCCUCGCACUCAUGACACAAAACG